AGUAAGUUCGACUUCGAGUCAUGUUUGACCAUGGUAGAAUUGUCAGUUCUUUGGACGAGGAUUUUGCCUCUUUUAGCUGCACUUUACAGUGUCUAUUACUGGCAAUUCAUCACUAGUCGUCAGCAUUACAAAGGCGACGCUAUACUGAAUGGAAAAACGGUCAUAAUCACAGGAGGCAACUCUGGCAUUGGCAGAGUCACAGCCCUGGACUUGGCCCAGCGUGGGGCCCGAGUCAUCUUGGCCUGUCGCAGCCUCCAGAAGGCCCAAGAUGCCGCCGAGGAGAUCAAGGCGCGAACGGGCAACUCCGAGGUUGAGGUGCGCCACUUGGAUCUGGCCAGCCUGCAGUCCGUCCGGGAGUUUGCCAGUGGGAUUCUUGAGAGUGAAGAGAGACUGGACAUACUCAUCAACAAUGCAGGGAUUGGGUUUGCCAGAGAGGGUGCUGUCACCAAGGACAACUUUCACCUUAUCUUUGGCAUCAACCACUUCGGCCACUUUCUCCUCACCAACCUCCUCCUGGACCUGCUCAGGAAGAGCGCCCCUAGCAGAGUAAUCACCAUCUCUUCCAUUGGACACGAAUGGGUGUUCUCCCCACUGGACUUGACCCGUGGGGAUCAUAGCAGCAGUGGCAGCCAUGGAAGCCCAGUCCUGUACCCACAUCUGAGAAGUUACUUUCAGAGCAAGUUGGCCAACGUGCUCUUCGCCCGAGAGCUGGCUCGGCGACUGGAAUCCACCGGCAUCACUUCAGUAUCCCUGCACCCCGGCGUCAUUUACACCCCUAUCUGGAGUGACAUGCCCGUGGACUGGAUCACAACCAUCAAUCACUUCUUCUGCCGUCCCUUCUUUUGGCUAUUUUUCAUUGAUGAAGAGGCGGGAGCCCAGACAACCCUCCACUGCGCCCUGGAUGACUCGAUACCAUACCUCUCUGGGAGCUACUUUGACAACUGUCAAGAGACGGCACCGUCAGCACUCGCUCAGGAUGAUGAGCUUGCCCAGAGACUGUGGGAAGUCAGCUGCGAAGCAACUGGACUGAACUGCUAGGAAAACUAACCAGCCAACUUCGUUAUUGAUCCAUUCACUGACUUCAAUUUGUGGACCCUGCAAUACACUUUUCAGUGGUAUCAAAUUUUGUAGGAGGAGAAAUCUUUAAGAAUUAGGUGAAUUGGGGGAUCUUUAAAGGGAGGGGGAAUUUCACCAAAUUUGUUUGUUUUAAUUUUUGUCAGGAAGGGGGGCUUGCAUUAACCUUUGUGGCUUUUUGAAGGGGUGGGGCUAAGUUUAAGGGAGGCGAGGAAAUGGAAUAGCCCAGAAAUCAUCAUACUCUUUAUAUUGAAAAAACAAAAAUGGAUAAAAAUUUCCUCCUUUGGAGGACAGGAGCUCACGGUUUCCCCCUCCCCAUUCCCAGGGUAUUCCCAAGUUGGCCCAGGGUAUCGUCAGACCUACCCUAGUACAGUGCAUGUACAAUAUGUGACCCAUUGGAGCAAACUGCAUUGCAUCGUUUGCCCCUUGACCUCAUGCCAGGGGUUCUAGGGAGGACCUGUUAACAAAAUCACCUUCUGCUUAAGAUGGAAUGUAUUCAUUUUUUAUUUGCGGCUCGCAUGCCGACCAGGAUUAGCAAGUUCUGUCGUUUGCAUGGAAUAUGAAACACUGAACAAAAUUGUUUGAUGGAAAUAUUCUGUAAUGUUUCCAUCAAAUCAUGUUCUUAAUUAUUCGCUGAUCAUUUACAGCCAUUUGAAUGCAUCUAAGAUAUUUGUGAUAUGAAUUUUCCAACAAGAGUAUGUUCAGUAUAUUAAAUAUUAUAUAAUAUUAUUAUAUUAAAUAUUAUAUUAUAUUAAAACCCCUUAUAUAGAUGAACAAUUUGAAUAUAAAAGAGGUUUUUUUAAGAAUAUCUAUUUAGAAUGUUUUUUUUCUUUUAUAACUAUGUACACGUACGUAGCCUUUGUACCAUUUACUGUACAGCGCUCAGUCAACUUUUUGAGGGUGUAUUAGCGGUUUUAUCUUUAUCUAUUAUGACUUCUGUAGGAAGCAAUCUUGUGUCACCGCAAGGCUUUUAUUUCAAACUUUAACCUUCUAAAUACUUUUCUACAAAUUAUUUCACCACCUUUAAAUGUUUGGUUUAAAAUAAGUUAUUUAAAAUAAGGUACUUGCCAGAACAAAGUUAUCAAGGUAUUCUUAAUACUUGUGCACAUUCUAUAAGAAGUGCGAAAACGGUUUUGGUCGUUGUAAGAUCUGUGUCCUAAAUUCUUUUUACGGACCGGGCUCUAUUCCAAAUUACAAUUAAAACUUAAUUAAAAGGUUUAAUAAUAAUUGCAGUUCUUCCUUUAUA